CACUUAGCCACCGAUCUGUCUCUCAUCUCCCUCUUCCACUCCACUCCAUUCCACGCCCACCCUCUGCCUCUUCUCGCAUCCAUUCUCUCUUCCACUCCGCUGGCCUCCGUCACUCGACGGAGCUCCCCCUUUCAAUUUCUUCCCUUGCCAUCUUUAGCUGCAAAUCAGGAAUCAGUUUCAGCACUUUCCGUAUACCUGAUGUUGCCAUUCAUGGCGUUGCUGUAAUCCGGAAUUCCAGCCAGUUACCCUACAGUUGCCUAACCAGAACCGAUCCCUCUGAUCUGCAAUCAAGAUCUCGCCAUCAGACCAGGGUACGCACCACAAUAUUCGUUGAAUGGGGCACUUGAGCCUCCCAUCCAAGCGAAACCCUAAGCAAUGGAAGCUGCUCGACCUCGUAUCCGCUGCCUUCUUCGGUCUAGUCGUCCUCUUCCUCUUCCUUGUCUUCACUCCCUUCGGCGACUCCCUCGCCGCCUCCGGCAGGCAGGCUCUUCUCCUCUCAUCUUCGGAUCCCAGGCAGCGCCACCGCCUCGUCGAGCUCAUUGAAGCUGGACAGCAUCCUCAGCCGAUUGAGGCUUGUUCCGCCGAGGAGGUCGAUCACAUGCCAUGUGAGGAUCCCAGGCGGAAUAGUCAGCUUAGUAGAGAGAUGAACUUCUAUAGGGAACGUCAAUGCCCAAUACCGGACGAGACGCCUCUUUGCUUGAUCCCUCCACCAAAUGGCUACAGAGUUCCCGUCAGGUGGCCGGAUAGUUUGCACAAGAUCUGGCAUGCAAACAUGCCGCACAACAAAAUUGCUGAGAGAAAAGGCCAUCAGGGAUGGAUGAAAGAGGACGGUGAAUACUUUAUUUUCCCUGGUGGUGGCACCAUGUUCCCAGAAGGUGCCAUACCUUACAUUGAGAAACUUGGACAGUAUAUUCCCAUCCGAAACGGAGGUUUGAGGACUGCCCUUGAUAUGGGAUGUGGGGUUGCCAGUUGGGGAGGAUAUCUGAUGAAAGAAGGACUUCUACCUCUUUCUUUUGCCCCAAGAGAUUCACACAAAUCUCAGAUACAAUUUGCGUUGGAACGAGGAAUUCCGGCAUUUGUUGCGAUGCUUGGCACUCGGAGGCUCCCAUUCCCUGCAUUCUCAUUUGACUUGGUUCACUGCUCUAGAUGCUUAAUCCCUUUUACGGCUUACAAUGCAACUUAUUUCAUUGAAGUCGAUCGCUUGCUUCGCCCAGGAGGAUAUUUAGUCAUAUCUGGUCCUCCUGUACAAUGGGCUAAACAAGAUAAAGAAUGGGCAGAUCUUCAGGGUGUGGCCAGAUCUCUUUGUUAUGAGCUAAUUGCUGUUGAUGGGAACACUGUCAUUUGGAAAAAGCCUUCCGGAGAUUCAUGCCUGCCUAGUCAAAAUGAAUUCGGCCUUCACUUGUGUGAUGAAUCGGUUGAUCCAAGCUCUGCAUGGUACUAUAAAUUGGAGAAAUGUGUGACCCCUCAAUCUUCAAUAAAGGGAAAAUAUGAUGUCGGGGGGAUUCCGUCUUGGCCAGAUAGAUUAAACAAAGCCCCUGCAAGGGCUGCUCUCAUGAAGAGUGGCAUUGAUUUAUUUGAGGCCGACACUCGUCGUUGGGCAAGGAGGGUGGCCUAUUACAAGAACUCUUUGAAUGUCAAGCUGGGAACUCCGGCCGUGCGCAAUGUGAUGGAUAUGAAUGCAUUUUUUGGUGGCUUUGCUGCAGCACUAGCAUCUGAUCCUGUGUGGGUGAUGAAUGUUGUUCCUGCUCGCAAGCCGAUAACUUUGGAUGUAAUCUUCGACAGGGGCCUUAUUGGUGUUUAUCAUGAUUGGUGUGAGCCCUUCUCAACUUAUCCUCGAACUUAUGAUCUAAUCCACGUUUCUGGAAUCGAAUCAUUAGUAAAAGCUCCAGGCUCUGGCAAAAACAGGUGUAGCCUCGUGGAUCUGAUGGUGGAGAUGGACAGAAUACUGCGACCAGAAGGAACAGUGGUGAUUCGCGAUUCUCCUGAGGCGAUAGAGAGAGUGGCUCGCAUAGCGAAUGCUGUUAGAUGGACUGCUACGAUACAUGAGAAAGAACAGGAAUCUCAUGGGUCACAGAAAAUACUGGUUGCUACCAAGAAUUUCUGGACACUCACUUCAGCAUCUCACUGACUUCACACUCGUUUCUUCUCUUUUCAAAAUCUUUUUAUAUGAUGGGGUUUACUCUUUUCUUCAGGUAGCCUAGCUAUAAUUAAUUCGUCUUCUUACAUCCCUCGUCUCUUUUUUUUUGGUCUCGGUUCGUAAUUUCCUGUAAGAUGAAUGAAGAUGAGGAUGAUGCCAAAACGUGUCUGUAUACUCCACCAAGUCAAAACAGGGGCAAGAAGAUCAGAUUCAGAUUGGCUUCUUCCUUUACUUUCCCUCCAUUCUUUUUAUAUAUAAAUUUGUUGGUACCUUAUGCCCACAAGUUAGGGAAGAGUGAAAAGGGUAUAUGGGAAGCAGAAUUAGGACACAUUCCCAGCACCAGCAGGGGGCUCUGUUCUGUUUGUCACAAAAUUUGUGGUUGGAUGUUUGAUAAUUGAUGAACGGGUAUGGGCCUACGACGGGUAUUUGUCAAUGCAUUCACUUAAAAGAAUUUCAACAUUCGUUCUGACACAUUCCUCCCCGCCCAGUUGCUAUUGUUCAGCAUCAGAGGACUUUUCGACAAAGUUGUGUUAGCGAGUUGCAGUUGCUGCAGGG